UCCCGUCGGUUCUCACUGCCAUCCAGACCCCUGGGCCCUUCCGCUGGGGAGGCGCCUUACAUGGCACCCAGGGGUGGACAUAGGUCUGGGGCGCUGGCUGGGGCCCCCAGUUUCCAGGCAGAUGCCCCGUGCUCAUGGCUGCGCCAUCUCUCAGCAUCGGCACCACCAGGAAGGGCAUUGGACCAGCCUACUCGUCCAAGGCGGCCCGCACCGGCCUGCGCAUCUGCGACCUGCUGUCUGACUUCGACGAGUUUUCCGCCAGAUUCAAGAACCUGGCCCAUCAGCACCAGUCCAUGUUCCCCACUUUGGAAAUAGACGUUGACGGUCAACUCAAAAGGCUCAAGGGCUUUGCCGAGAGGAUACGGCCCAUGGUCCGAGAUGGCGUCUACUUCAUGUACGAGGCGCUCCAUGGCACCCCCAAGAAAAUCCUCGUGGAAGGCGCCAACGCGGCCCUCCUGGACAUUGACUUCGGGACCUACCCCUUUGUGACUUCAUCCAACUGCACCGUGGGGGGCGUGUGCACGGGGCUGGGCAUCCCCCCCCAGAACAUAGGUGACGUCUACGGCGUGGUAAAGGCCUACACCACACGCGUGGGCAUCGGUGCCUUCCCCACUGAGCAGAUCAACGAGAUCGGCGACCUGCUGCAGAACCGCGGCCACGAGUGGGGGGUGACCACUGGCAGGAAGCGGCGCUGCGGCUGGCUGGACCUGAUGAUUCUGCGAUACGCUCACAUGGUCAACGGGUUCACCGCGCUGGCUCUAACGAAACUGGACAUCUUGGACGCCCUGGACGAGAUCAAAGUCGGCGUCUCCUACAAGCUGAACGGGAAAAGGAUCCCCUAUUUCCCAGCUAACCAGGAGAUCCUGCAGAAGGUGGAGGUGGAGUACGAGACACUGCCUGGGUGGAAAGCGGACACCACGAGUGCCAGGAAGUGGGAGGACCUGCCCCCCCAGGCCCAGAGCUACGUCCGGUUUGUGGAGAACCACGUUGGAGUAGCAGUGAAAUGGGUUGGUGUCGGCAAAUCAAGGGACUCGAUCAUCCAGCUGUUUUAGACGGUGACAGAGCCUACCCCAGCAGGCACAGCGCAGUGCCUACGGAGGCACAGUGCCCUACGGAGCCAAAGUCGAUGCUGUAAAAAAGAAAUAUGAAACGAUUUUCUGGACUUUUAUAUUUCUCCUUAAGCCUUCAGCUCGACCCACGGAUUUCCACGAGCAUUUUAAACAUCCGGAGGCCAGCACUGUGCACGUUUUUACGAUCCUGCUGUUUGGAAUGAGCCGAGGUGCUCGAAGCGUGGACCUUAGGUGGCUUGUUUGUAUCACGUGGUUGUAUGUCGAGUGGGAGCAGUGUAGCAAUAAACAUCCGAGAGCCACUGAACGGCCGUGGUCGCA